AUGACCAAGACCGAGACCAAGGCUUGCCUUGUCGUCAUUGACGGCUGGGGUAUUCCCGGCGAGAACUCCCCCAAGGAUGGCGAUGCCAUCACCAACGCCAACUGCCCCGUCAUGAGCGGCUUCGCCAAGAGCGAGGACGGCUACACCCAGCUCGAAGCCUCUUCCACCGCCGUCGGUCUCCCCGAGGGUCUGAUGGGUAACUCGGAGGUCGGCCACCUCAAUAUCGGUGCUGGUCGUGUUGUCUACCAGGAUGUCGUUCGCAUUGACCAGACUGUCAAGAAGAAUGAGCUCAACAAGAACAAGGUCCUCGUUGAAACGUUUGAGCGUGCCAAGAAUGGAAACGGACGUCUUCACCUUGCUGGCCUUGUCAGCCAUGGUGGUGUCCACUCUAAGCAGACUCACCUCUAUGCUCUCCUCCGUCUCGCUAAGGAGAUGGAGAUCCCCAAGGUCUUCAUCCACUUCUUCGGCGACGGUCGUGACACCGACCCCAAGAGCGGUGCCGGAUAUCUCCAGGAGCUCCUCGACACAGCCAAGGACAUUGGCAUUGGUGAGAUUGCCACCAUUGUCGGCCGUUACUACGCCAUGGACCGCGACAAACGCUGGGAUCGAAUUGAGCUCGCCCUCAAGGGCCUGAUCCUCGGGGAGGGUACCGCUUCCGAGGACCCCGUCCAGACUAUCAAGGACAGCUACGCCAAGGAGGGCAACAAGAGCGGCGACGAGUUCCUCACCCCCAUCAUCGUCGGCGGUGACGAGCGCAGGAUCAAGGAUGACGACACGGUCCUCUUCUUCAACUACCGGUCUGACCGUGUUCGUCAGAUAACCCAGGUUCUUGGCGACGUUGACCGCUCCGUCCUUCCCGACUUCCCCUUCCCCAAGAUCAGCCUGGCCACCAUGACGCAGUACAAGAGUGACUACCCCUUCCCCGUCGUGUCCCCCCCGCAGGUCAUGACGGACGUUCUUGCCGAGUGGCUGGGCAAGCAGAACGUCGAGCAGGUGCACGUCGCCGAGACGGAGAAGUACGCCCACGUCACCUUCUUCUUCAACGGUGGUGUGGAGAAGGCCUUCCCGCUGGAGACUCGCGACAUGGAGCAGGACCUUGUGCCCUCUAACAAGUCCGUCGCCACCUACGACCAGGCCCCCGAGAUGUCGCAGGACGGUGUCGCCAACCAGGUCAACAAGCGCAUGGCCGAGCAGAAGUUCCCCUUUGUUAUGUGCAACCUGGCCGCCCCCGACAUGGUCGGCCACACGGGUGUGUACGAGGCCGCCAUUCCGGCCGUUGAGGCCUGCGACAAGGCCAUUGCCAAGAUCUACGAGGGCUGCAAGAAGGAGGGCUACGUCCUGUUCGUUACGGCCGACCACGGCAACGCUGAGGAGAUGAAGUUUGCGGAUGGCAAGCCCAAGACCAGCCAUACCACCAACAAGGUGCCCUUCAUUAUCGCCAACGCUCCCGAGGGAUGGGGCCUCAAGAGCACCACCGAGCACGAGGGUGUCCUCGGAGAUGUCGCCCCCACCAUCCUCGCUGCCAUGGGUCUACCCCAGCCCGAGGACAUGACGGGUCAGAGCCUGCUUGUCAAGGGUCUCAAGCGAGGAGUCCAGGAAUAA